AUUCCUUAUUUGGGAAUAUGACUAGCCACUGGACUUGUUCUUCAACAGUUUUUUAAAUCUUUGAAGACCUGGAAUACUAAACAGAGAGUGUUAAUUGAAGACUAAGGAUAUUCGGAAAUUCUUUGGGGUUAUACCAAGUGGAAAGAAAUCUGCAAGUGAAACAAUAAAGAAGAAUGAGAAAACAAAGUCUGCUGAAGAAACUUCAAAAGCAAAGAAAGGAAUAAAGGAAAUCAAGGUAAAUAGUUCUUGUAAAGAUGAUGACUCUAAACAGAAGCAACCAAACAGGAAAAAGAGGAUCAUCUAUGAUUCAGAUUCAGAGUCAGAGGAGACAGUACAGGUGAAAAAUGCCAAAAAGCAACCAGAAAAAUUGCCAUUGUCUAAGCCUGGUAAAAUUCUGCGGCAGGAUCCUGUUACGUACAUUUCAGAAACAGAUGAAGAAGAUGACUUUAUGUGUAAGAAGGCAGCCUCUAAAUCAAAAGAGAAUGGAAGAUCUACAAAUAGUUAUCUUGGAGCAUCAAACAUGAAAAAGAAUGAAGAAAACACUAAGACCAAGAAUAAGCCUUUAUCGCCAAUAAAACUUACCCACACAUCAGUGCUUGAUUAUUUUGGAACUGCUAGUGUCCAAAGAUCAGAUAAGAAGAUGGUGGCAAGCAAAAGAAAAGAGCCUUCAAAAAAUGCAAAUGAUUCCAGAUUAAAUGAUGAAGCCAUUGCCAAACAAUUGCAACUUGAUGAAGAUGCAGAGCUGGAGAGACAACUGCAUGAAGAUGAAGAGUUUGCCAGAACGUUAGCCAUGUUGGAUGAAGAACCUAAGAACAAAAAGGCUUUAAAGGACCCAGAAGAGAGAGAAACGUUUUCAUCUGUCCACGCCAAUUUAAACAAAGCAGAAAAACAUAAAUGUCCUUAUAAAGUAAAAACAGAUCAAUUUUUGGAUGAAAGAAAGAACUGCAGUCCUAAGAAACAAAUUAAAUGUGAAAGUUCAAAAGAAUCUCAGCAACAUUCCAAGUCUUCAGCUCACAAAAGAGGAGAAACUUCUUCUCCUACAGCUAGUUCCAAGCUGACGCUUUUGAAAAAAAAGGAAGAGAGUUCUUCUAAAGAAACAGAGCCUAUGUCCUUGAAAAGAAAAGAAUAUGCCAUUGAAUUGAAAGGAGAGGCAAAAAGUCCUAAGAAAAUCAAAAGUUCUCCUGCUAAAAAAGAGUCUGUAAGUCCUGAAGAUUCUGAAAAGAGACGCACUAAUUAUCAAGCUUAUCGAAGUUACUUAAAUCGAGAAGGUCCCAAAGCUCUGGGCUCCAAAGAAAUACCAAAGGGAGCUGAAAAUUGCUUGGAAGGCCUUAUAUUUGUAAUCACAGGAGUGCUGGAGUCCAUUGAAAGAGAUGAAGCCAAGUCUCUAAUUGAACGUUAUGGAGGAAAAGUAACUGGGAAUGUCAGCAAGAAAACAAACUACCUUGUCAUGGGUCGUGAUAGUGGGCAGUCCAAGAGUGACAAGGCAGCAGCUUUGGGGACAAAAAUUAUCGAUGAGGAUGGCCUAUUGGAUCUGAUUCGAACUAUGCCAGGCAAGAAAUCUAAAUACGAAAUAGCAGUUGAAGCUGAGAUGAAUAAAGAAAAGUCCAAAUUACAGAGAACACCCCAAAAAAACUACCAAGGAAAAAGAAAAAUUAGUCCAAAUAAGAAGGAAUCAGAAUCCAAAAAGAGCCAACGGACUCCCAAAAAGGACAGCUCUAUGACGUCAGUAAAAAAGGAAACCAGUGUGUUUCAGAGAGGCCUGGACUUCAAGGAGCAGGUGGCCGAGGAGACAAGUGGUGACAGCUGGGCUAGGAAUUUGGCUGAUGACAGCAGUGAAAAUAAGGUGGCAAAUUUGCUCUGGGUGGAUAAAUAUAAGCCAACCUCGCUCAAGACCAUAAUUGGACAGCAAGGUGACCAGAGCUGUGCCAACAAACUCCUACGCUGGCUCCAAAAUUGGCACAAGAGUCCAUCCGAAGAUAGGAAACACGCAAAGUUUGGUAAAUUUGCCGGCAAAGAUGAUGGCUCUAGUUUUAAAGCGGCAUUGCUCUCAGGCCCUCCAGGUGUUGGCAAAACAACCACGGCCUCUCUGGUUUGUCAGGAAUUGGGAUAUAGCUACGUGGAGCUGAAUGCAAGUGAUACUCGGAGUAAGAACAGUUUAAAGGAUAUUGUUGCUGAGUCACUGAAUAAUACCAGCAUCAAAGGCUUUUAUUCAAGUGGAGCAGCCCCUUCAGUAAGCAUGAAACACGCCCUCAUCAUGGAUGAAGUAGACGGCAUGGCAGGCAAUGAGGACAGGGGAGGAAUUCAGGAACUAAUUGGCCUGAUAAAACAUACAAAAAUUCCCAUUAUUUGUAUGUGCAAUGAUAGAAAUCAUCCUAAGAUUCGCUCUUUGGUUCAUUAUUGUUUUGAUCUUCGUUUUCAAAGACCUCGGGUUGAACAGAUUAAGGGUGCUAUGAUGUCAAUUGCAUUUAAAGAGGGUUUGAAGAUUCCCCCUCCAGCUAUGAAUGAAAUAAUUUUGGGAUCCAAUCAAGAUAUCAGACAGGUUUUACACAACCUGAGCAUGUGGUGUGCACGAAGCAAGGCACUAACCUAUGACCAGGCCAAGGCUGACUCUCAGAGAGCCAAAAAGGACAUCAAACUGGGCCCAUUUGAUGUUGCCCGGAAGGUGUUUGCAGCUGGAGAGGAGACUGCUCAUAUGUCGCUUGUGGACAAAUCCGAUCUCUUUUUUCAUGAUUAUUCAAUAGCGCCCCUCUUUGUCCAGGAGAACUACAUACACGUGAAGCCUGUAGCUGCGGGGGGGGACAUAAAAAAGCACUUGAUGCUUUUAAGCAGAGCAGCAGAUAGCAUAUGUGAUGGUGACCUCGUGGACCGGCAGAUCCGUAGUAAGCAAAACUGGAGUCUCCUGCCCACACAGGCCAUUUAUGCCAGUGUUCUUCCUGGAGAAUUAAUGAGGGGGUACAUGACUCAGUUUCCCACCUUCCCCAGCUGGUUGGGUAAGCACUCCUCUACAGGCAGACAGGAUCGUCUUGUGCAGGAUCUUGCAUUGCACAUGAGUCUCAGAACUUACUCCAGCAAAAGGACUAUAAAUUUGGAUUAUCUAUCACAUAUAAGGGAUGCACUUAUACAGCCCUUGACCUCACAAGGGGUAGAAGGAGUACAGGACGUUGUUGCCCUUAUGGAUGCCUAUUAUUUGAUGAAAGAAGACUUUGAGACUAUCAUGGAGAUUAGCAGCUGGGGAGGCAAGCCUAGUCCCUUCUCCAAGCUGGAUCCCAAGGUGAAGGCGGCCUUUACAAGAGCUUACAACAGGGAAGCCCACCUGACUCCGUACUCGCUCCAGGCAGUGAAGGCCCCCAGGCACAGCACUGGCCCAGCGCUGGAUCCUGAGCACAGUGAGGAGUUCCAGGAGGAUGACUCUCAGUCUGAUGAGAAAGAGCAAGACGCUGUGGAAACGGAUGCUAUGAUCAAGAAAAAGACAAAAUCUUCAAAGCCUUCAAAAUCAGAAAAAGAUAAGGAGUCCAGAAAAGGAAAAGGAAAAGGUUCAAAGAAAUGAAACUGUUUUUUACUACUGACAGUCACUUUUUACUCACCCUGUUGACCAGUCUAGCUGGUCUAGAGGAUGCCUUAUUUUUUCCAAAGGAACCAUAAUAGGGUGACUGAGUGGUCCCAUUAUCAGUAAAUGGUGGUACAGCUAGCAGGAUGCAACCGGUAGGCUGAUGUACACCUCUUAUAGAGGUUGAUAGGACUGUGUGGGUCUUCCACUGUCCCCUGUCCGUCUAAUUCGAUUGUGCUUCAAAAUGACUGUGUAUAAUCAGAAUUAGAAACUACAUGUGGGCUUUGGAAUUAGAUUUUAUUUAACAAUAAUAUGCCUGAGAACAGUGGUACUAAGGCAGCUUUUGUAAGCUUAACAAUUUAUUCUAAUGUCCUGAAUUUUUUUUAAAGAUAGUUACUAUUACGUGGUGAAAUUUUGUAAAUAAAUCAUAAUACAAAAUAGUCACCACCUAGAACUGGGUAUUCUUUUUGUACAUUGUCAAGUAUAUUGCAAAAUGUAAAUUAGGAAUAAAAAUGUCCCAUAUGAUACAUGUAUAAAUUCUUAAGCCUAUCAUCUUGUAUAGUAAAAUACUAUGUUGGUAUAUGACUUUCCUUACUAAUUUGCAAAUGAUUGGAUAAAAGAAGUUAAUUUUACUACUAACCCGUUGUGUGAAACAUAACUUUGGCAAUUGAAGAGUUAGCACUCUGAUUUCCAACUUCAUUAUGGCUGUGAAUGCUGUGAAUAGAAUUUCAUGGCAAGGCCUUUUAGUUAUUACUAGAGGGCGUGGCUGCAAAAUGAUGGCUGGUCAUUCCUAUCCUUCCUGAGUCUCAACCCAUCAGUAAGUCUCAGGCUUACUCUGGCGUGGGACAAAGUGAACACUGGCUUUGGUUUACUUUGUCUCUGGGAGAUGGUUGUGUUCAGUGAUGGAGCCCACAAACCCUACUGGAACUUUGGGUUGUCACUGUCCUUGCUGAGUGGCCCCGACGUUGUGGAACUGGCCUGGAGUUUAGGUGUCCAGCUGCUUUUAAUCUUGUCAGUAAAUGCUAAGAGGUAUGUGAGGAAAGGAAUGUAAAAUCAGGAUCAGGAGACUGAUUCCUGUUUCUAAGGAAUGGAGAGUCUUGUUUGGACGGUUAGACAUACAUUUAAAGUGUAUUUACCAUGUGAAAAAUGUCUUUCGUGGAGAUUAAGUUCAUUAUGGGAACAAAACAUUGCCUUUUGAACCGCGCCCCGCUCUGUUCAAGCCUGGCUUGAAACUUCUGCUUCAGUGAAAAUUCCCUUGAUUGACGACUGCCUCUCCUAACCAGGGGGCUGAGCAUGAGUUUCUUACGCAUGUUCUUCUAUUUCUGCUGCUUUUGGAUAUGCAGUCAUAUCUGCCUAAGUGCUCUGUGCUCCCCAGCAAAGGGACUAAUAUCCUUGCAGUCAGAACAACGAAUAGUGUCCUUCACUUGCUCAUGACUUUAAUUAUAAAUGCUCUACCCAUGAUUGGCAUAAUUUUUGUAGUAAGAUGAAUAACUUUGCUUUUAGAAUUAGAGAUUAUAAAUGUGCUUUUUUAAAAUAUGAGAAUGACAAGAUGUUUGACUCCUAGCUGAAGCCCUCACGACUCUGAGGUGUGUGGCCGAGGUAAAUGCAAGGUAGGAGCUGGGUUCCACAGCAGUAUGGAUGUGAAUCUAAGGGGUCUGUAUCCUUAUUGGAGCCAGUAGAUGCCACACUUUAUCUUUGCAGCAUAAAACUGCGUACUUGCUUUUUUUGGAGAUGCAUUGGAUGGAUGUUGGCCACUUUGUUAUCUAUAACAAACUACUAUAUCCUCCAUCUUUUUAAAUCUGGCAGUUCAUGAAUAAGGAGUGUCUUCCUAAGUGAGUUCUGGUACAAUUAUGCACAUGAAUGAGUGUCUAAGGCCUGAAACUCCCAGAAUAUAAUGUACUUCACCUCACAGAUCCCAAGUGCCAGCGGCUCUUAUACUACCCCCAUAGUGGGUGGGUUUAUUGGUAAUGACUUGUGUUGUAGCACUUAGGGAGGGAAGAAGAGGUCAUAGAGCUGGAGGCAUCAUGCAUGUGGAUACUUGGAUUGUCCCCUAGGCUUGCAGGCACCUCUAGUGCUCAGAAUGCUGGUAGCCAUACUGCAAAGACAUCAUCUGACACCUUCAAAGUUAGGCUACACUACUCAUUUCUGUUAGCUGCUUAGCCUGUGGUUACAUUGGCUUUGGAUGGCAAGGAAGCUUGUAGGAAGAGUGUGGUGUGUGAUAUGGGGAAGGAAUGCUCUAAGCACCUUGGGGAAGAUGCUGAAUAAUUUUGUCUUCAGGGGAAAUCAAAUGAUUUAAUUUUUGUGACAAGAAUUCCAUAGUACACAGUGUAACAACUCAGGACUAUAUAUAUAAUGACUAUAAGCUUCUAGUUUCAUUCUCUCAAAUAUUUGAUUUUAGUGGUUUUGGUUGUUUUUAUUUCAGGGCUAAAUAGUCUUGAUUUAUGUAAACUUAUUUCAAACUUUUAACAGUGUUAAUAUCUGAGCUGCACAAUGUACUUCAAGCUGCCUUCUUUUGUCUCCAAAUCCAGAGAAACAUUACAAAUAUCUAGUUAGCAAUUUUAUUUUAAAGGACAUACUUCAAAAAAGCUGAAUAUUUACAAUUAUGUCACAGGUGACUAUUAACAAUGCAGAACAUAUAAUCUGUAAGACUUUGAAGAGGAAAUAUACGAAGUGUAAUAAACAGCAGUGUUAUA